GAGUGCUUAAAUAAAAGGGUUGGCUGUUUAAUGUGGACGCCUGGAGGAGAUGUGUGAUGUAAACGCAUUCGUAUUUUUUCACUUGCAGAACAUUAAUUGCUCUCAAACAGAAAAAGCAUUUUUGCAAAAUGUGCUCUUUUAUUCUAUAUAUAUGACAAAGCAAUCGUCACUCAAAUAGCAAUGGGUUUUAAUAGAAGUGUUUCCAACAUUGGAAGUGUUUCAAACGACACAACUGAGGAUACAGAUGCCUUAUUUCAUAUUUCUGUGCUAGUUCCAGUGACCGUCCUUUGCAUGUCACUAUUUCUGCUGGGCAUCACAGGAAACCUCAUAACUAUAAUCAUGUUCAAGAGAUACAGAGACAUGAGGUCGACUGUCAACAUGUACCUUUCCAGCAUGGCGAUCUCUGAUAUUCUGAUUUUUCUAGGUCUGCCUUCUGACUUGUACAGAAUUUGGAAAUACAAACCAUAUAUAUUCGGGGAUUUUGUCUGCAAGUUUCUUGUUUACUUGAGUGAAAGCUGCACUUACUGUACAAUUCUGCACAUCACCACGGUUAGCAUAGAGAGGUAUAUUGCUAUAUGUUUUCCUUUGAAGGCAAAGAUUAUUAUCACCAAAAGAAGGGUGAAAAUUGUAAUUAUUCUUCUAUGGAUUUUUGCAUUACUCACAGCCGGGCCCAUUUUGUUUCUUUUUGGAGUGGAAAACCCUCCAGGAUUCCAAGCUGAAGAGACCAAGGAGUGUAAAUAUACAGAGCAGUCUGCACAAAAUGGUCUUCUGCAUGUAAUGGCAUGGGUGUCCACCAUAUAUUUCUUCCUACCCAUGUUUUUCUUGACAUUUCUUUACGGUCUAAUCUGCAGGAAGCUUUGGAGAACUAGGCAUGGAGCUAGGGGCCCACCAGCUGCAAAUAGAGGGAAGUACCACAAGGCUACAAUCAAAAUGUUAGCCGUUGUAGUGGUGUCUUUCAUGCUGUGUUGGUUGCCUUUCCACACUGGACGAAUCCUAUUUGCCCUGGCUGGGGUAGGAGAGCAUGUGUUCUUUGAAGUGACACAGUACUUUAAUCUCCUUUCUAUGGUGCUUUUUUAUCUGAGUGCAUCUAUAAAUCCCAUGCUGUACAACAUCAUGUCAAAGAAGUACAGGUCAGCAAUGAGGAGGAUGAUGUACCCAAAACGAGGUCAGCAGUCUGGAAGGACCCGGAGUGAUCAGUUCUCUCUCGAGGGCACAGAGCUCGGUCACAUAAACUUUCCAGACAGAGGAAACCCGCAACUGUUUAAAAAACCAUUAAAGUACAACGGAGAAUCAAUAAUGCUGUGUCAAAUGUAAAAGCUAUCUCUAUAACUAUACAUAAAAUGCAAUCAGAGAUCCUUCCCAAGUUCAUAAAUGGAUGGCUUCGUUCUUAUAAAGUAAUCAGAGUAAUAAACACAAGGAGGCCCGAUAAGGUGCCCCAGACAGCAGGAACACAACGGACAUUUAUAAGGGUGCUUUCAGACACCAUUUGCUAAACACUUAAACUAUUCCUUCCGUACGUAAGCGGCGUAUCUCGCAUGGACUUGCUGUAGUAAUUUUUCUGGUCCCGAAACAACUGCACUUGCGAAGACAGCCACUGAAAUUGCCGAAGGUACCCAAAGAUUCCCGAAUCGUUGAAGAUGGUGCCCGUGAGCUCCGCUGCUCUGACUCUGCAUCAAGGGGUAAUUAAAAAGGGGAACAGGGGGGGGGGGACUAUGGAGGGUAGGGGUUUUCAUAAGUUUGGGGGUUCCAGUGAAUGCAGAAACAGGGAAGCAUUCUGUAAAUGAUAAAUACAGCACUUAUGUACUAAUAUGAAGUUUUCGGUACCAAAGAAUAGGGAUAAGCCUAAGCCAUAAUAUGACAUUGUUUUUUCUGAAUACCGAAUACUCAAAAACAAUUUCCCAAACUGAAUCCAAACCCUAAUUUGCAUAUCCAGAUUUGGGUGAAAUACAAUUGCAUCAAUUGUCAACAAAAAUUGUAACAUAUAAUGGUCAAAAGCUGUAAAAUUAAAAGCAUUUUAGUGUUCGGUCAAAUGCCAAAUCAAAUGCUGGAUUCGGUGCAUAAUAAAUAUGGUUAUAUUCAGAAGCUGUAACAAUUUUUUUUUAGAAGGGCCUAUUUAUCAUGCUGUGUAAAAAGAGGAAUGAAACAUUACCGGUGAUGUU